UGAACCCGCUCUCGAAGGGAAGGCCUCCAAGAACCGAAACCGACUUCAUGGUUCCGGCCAUAUAGCCGUUGCUACCGCCGGGAAGUCGUUCUCCGACGCCCCCAAUCCCUCCAAUAAUAUUGUAGAUAGCCCUCUUCUCCGCUUCUUUUUAGGGUUCGGAUCCGGAAAAAACUGCUACUAUAAAUAGCAGUUUGCAGCGAGAGGGAGGAGAGGGUGAGAGAGAAGCGGUCGAGAUCUCUUCGCAACCCUCGGAGGACAAGGAGAAAAGGGAAAAAAAAGUAAAGAACUCGUGUCCGGAGAAAAGGGAAAAACAAAUUCCUCUGUUUCCUUCGGAUUCUGGUGUUCAUAGAGCGCGAUGGAGGAGGAAAGAUAGGUGCUACCUUUCUGAGGCCGGGAUAGGGGGGAGGCGAAGUUCCGGAGCGGCACAAAGGGGUAGUCUUUAGGGUUUGCAGAGGAGUUGGUGGGUGCAGGAGAUGGAGCAGAAGCAUAUUCUCAUGUCAGCGGUCGGCCUUGGGCUAGGCGUGGGGCUCGGUUUGGCCUCUGGACAGACGGUUAGCCGGUGGACAGCGCCGGCCCGCUCCUCCUCUGGCAUGCUGGCUGAGAAGAUCGAACACGAACUCAUGAGGUUGGUCGUCGAUGGGAGGGACAGCAAAAUUACCUUCAAUGAGUUCCCUUUUUACCUCAGUGAGCAGACUCGAGUGGUAUUGACAAGUGCAGCUUAUGUUCACUUGAAGCAAGCGGACUUUUCUAAGUACAUGAGAAAUCUCUCUCCUGCAAGUCAGGCUAUUAUACUCUCAGGCCCUGCAGAGCUUUACCAGCAGAUGCUUGCAAAGGCACUGGCGCACUAUUUUGAGGCCAAAUUACUCUUGCUAGAUGUAACUGCUUUUUCACUUAAGAUCCAGAGCAAAUAUGGCAGUGCCACCAAAGAUGCUUCUUUUAAAAGGUCCAUAUCUGAGACUACACUAGAAAGAAUGUCCAGUUUGCUUGGAUCCUUCUCGAUUCUUCCCCAAAGAGAGGAACCAAAAGGAUCUCUGCACAGACAGACCAGUAGUCUGGAGAUAAGGUCAAGGGGAUCAGAAAGUACUAGUGACAUACCAAAACUUCGAAGGAAUGCCUCUGCUUCAGCUGAUAUGAGUAGUCUCUUGUCACAGUGCCCUCCUGUGAAUCCAGUAACUCUAAAACGUAGUGGCAGCUGGUCCUUCGAUGAGAAACUUCUAAUCCAGGCCCUUUAUAAGGUUCUGCUUUCAGUAUCCAAGAGUGAUCCAAUCAUCCUCUACAUAAGGGAUAUUGAGAACCUUCUGUUUAGAUCCCAAAGGAUGUACUCCUUGUUCCGGAAAAUGUUGAAAAAGUUAACAGGCCCUGUGUUGAUACUUGGUUCAAGGGUGAUAGAAGUGGACAGUGACUACAGAGAAGUGGAUGAAAGGCUUACUCUUUUAUUUCCUUACAAUAUAGAGAUUAAGCAACCAGAAGAUGAGACCAAACUUGUCAGCUGGAAGUCCCAGAUAGAAGAAGACAUGAAGAUACUUCGGUUUCAGGAUAACAGAAACCACAUAACUGAGGUGCUUGCAGCAAAUGAUCUCGAUUGUGAUGAUUUGGGCUCAAUCUGCCUUGCAGACACCAUGGUUCUUAGUAAGUAUAUAGAAGAAAUUGUGGUGUCCGCAGUUUCUUAUCACCUGAUGAAUAACAAGGAUCCUGAAUAUAGAAAUGAAAAACUUGUCAUAUCUUCAAAGAGUAGUUUAUCUCACGCAUUAAAUAUAUUCCAAGAGAACGAGCUUAGUGGCAAGGAUACUCUAAAGCUAGAGGCAAAUGUUGAGCCUAUGAAGAAAGCUGGAAAAGAAGAAGAUACAGCAGUUUCCACAAAAUCCGAGACAAAAUCUGAAGCUCUGCCUCCAGAAAACAAAAGUGAAUCUGAGAAAUCAGUUCAGAAGGAUGGUGUAGGUUCAUGUCCACCACCAAAAGCACCAGAAGUUGCCCCGGACAAUGAAUUCGAAAAGCGGAUUAGACCAGAGGUUAUCCCAGCUAAUGAAAUUGGAGUAACAUUUGAUGAUAUAGGUGCUUUAGAUGACAUCAAAGAAUCCCUUCAAGAGCUUGUCAUGCUUCCCCUUCGAAGGCCAGACCUCUUUAAAGGUGGUCUCCUAAAGCCUUGCAGAGGAAUAUUACUGUUUGGGCCACCUGGAACUGGGAAAACUAUGCUGGCCAAGGCUAUAGCAAAUGAAGCUGGAGCAAGUUUCAUCAAUGUUUCAAUGUCCACCAUCACGUCAAAAUGGUUUGGGGAGGAUGAGAAGAAUGUUAGAGCUUUGUUUACACUAGCCGCGAAGGUCUCCCCUACUAUCAUUUUUGUGGAUGAGGUUGAUAGUAUGCUUGGGCAGCGAAAUAGGGCUGGAGAACAUGAGGCAAUGAGGAAGAUUAAGAAUGAGUUUAUGACACAUUGGGAUGGACUCUUAACAAAGCCUGAGGUAAGAAUCCUUGUUCUUGCAGCGACAAACAGACCUUUUGACCUUGAUGAGGCAAUCAUUAGGAGGUUCGAACGCAGAAUAAUGGUUGGUCUACCAUCAUUAGAAAGCAGGGAAUUAAUUCUGAGAACACUUUUGUCAAAGGAGAAGGUGAAGGAAGGACUUGACUACAAGGAGCUUGCAACUAUGACAGAGGGGUAUAGUGGUAGCGAUCUCAAGAACUUGUGCACAACAGCAGCAUAUCGUCCUGUGAGGGAGCUAAUUCAAAAAGAAAGACUGAAAGAACUGGAGACUAAGCAGAAGGCUGGAGGAGGAGAGAAUCCAUCAGACACCUCAGAAACGAAGGUAGAAGACGGGGAAAUAUCGAUUACCCUGAGACCAUUAAAUAUGGAAGACAUGAGGCAGGCAAAGAGUCAAGUGGCGGCAAGUUUUGCUCCAGAGGGUUCUAUAAUGAGUGAACUGAAGCAAUGGAACGAAUUAUACGGGGAAGGAGGCUCAAGAAAGAAACAACAGCUAACUUACUUCCUAUAGAAGUGCUCAUGCAUACAAACAUUAAUAUAAUAUGCAUGGAAUCAACAUGUUGCUACAAAAUGAACUCCCUUGCUCAUAAGAAGCCUGCAGGAGGAGAGUUAAGAAUAGCUUCAAGCUCAUGAGAAGAUGGUAAGAGUUUAGGGAAGCGGGACAAAUCGAACUUUUAUGAAGCCUAUGAUCAGAUUCUAUUAGUGUUGGAGCAUAGAAAUAGAUGUAGUUUAGUAGGUUGUCUGCAUCGUCUAUAUUUAGGUUCCACUGGAAUGUAAUAUUUCUUUGUGAUGAUAUUGGUACUCAGCAUUAUGCCUGCGCUCAUGCUUCCCUUGAAUGUUUGGUUGUGGCUGAUAAUAUAUAUUUAAAAAACUAGUAUGAGAUGAUGAUAUGUUGUAUCGGUCAUAAGUUAAUGUAGCAUUUCAUGAUUCAUCGU